AUGAGUGAACACUUGUUUGAACAGGUACUGGGCAUCGGAGAUUAUCUUCAGGAUGUUUUCGAAGUAAAUGUUCCACAGGAGUGGUACAGUACCCUGGGGUACACAUACCACUAUGGUGUGUUCCACAGGAGUGCAACACCCAGGACGUUGACACAUGCUCCAGCAACACCCAGGACUGUGACACAUGCUCCAGCAACACCCAGGACUGUGACACAUGCUCCAGCAACACCCAGGACUGUGACACAUGCUCCAGCAACACCCAGGACUGUGACACAUGCUCUAGCAUCACCCAGGACUGUAACACAUGAUCCAGCAACACCCAGGACUGUGACACAUGCUCCAGUAACACCCAGGACUGUAACACAUGCUCCAGCAACACCCAGGACUGUAACACAUGCUCCAGCAACACCCAGGACGUUGACACAUGCUCCAGCAACACCCAGGACUGUAACACAUGCUCCAGCAACACCCAGGACGUUGACACAUGCUCCAGCAUCACCCAGGACUGUGACACAUGCUCCAGCAACACCCAUUACUGUAACACAUGCUCCAGCAACACCCAGGACUGUAACACAUGCUCCAGCAACACCCAGGACUGUGACACAUGCUCCAGCAACACCCAGGACUGUAACACAUGCUCCAGCAACACCCUGGACUGUAACACAUGCUCCAGCAACACCCAGGACUGUAACACAUGCUCCAGCAACACCCAGGACUGCGACACAUGCUCCAGCAACACCCAGGACUGCGACACAUGCUCCAGCAACACCCAGGACUGUAACACAUGCUCCAGAAACACCCAGGACUGUGUCACAUGCUCCAGCAACACCCAGGACUGUGACACAUGCUCCAGCAACACCCAGGACUUUAACACAUGCUCCAGCAACACCCAGGACUGUGACACAUGCUCUAGCAUCACCCUGGACUGUGACACAUGCUCCAGCAUCACCCAGGACUGUGACACAUGCUCCAGCAACACUCAGGACUGUGACACAUGCUCCAGCAACACCCUGGACUGUGACACAUGCUCCAGCAACACCCAAUAUUCUAACACAUGCUCCAGCAACACCCAGGACUGUGACACAUGCUCCAGCAACACCCAGGACUGUAACACAUGCUCCAGCAACACCCAGGACUGUAACACAUGCUCCAGCAACACCCAAGACUGUAACACAUGCUCCAGCAACACCCUGGACUGUAACACAUGCUCCAGCAACACCCAGGACUGUAACACAUGCUCCAGCAACACCCAAGACUGUAACACAUGCUCCAGCAACACCCUGGACUGUGACACAUGCUCCAGCAACACCCAGGACUGUAACACAUGCUCCAGCAACACCCAGGACUGUAACACAUGCUCCAGCAACACCCAGGACUGUGACACAUGCUCUGGCAUCACCCUGGACGGUGACACAUGCUCCAGCAUCACCCAGGACUGUGACACAUGCUCCAGCAACACCCAGGACUGUGACACAUGCUCCAGCAACACCCAGGACUGUGACACAUGCUCCAGCAACACCCAGGACUGUGACACAUGCUCCAGCAACACCCAGGACUGUGACACAUGCUCCAGCAACACCCAGGACUGUGACACAUGCUCCAGCAACACCCAGGACUGUAACAUAUGCUCCAGCAACACCCAGGACUGUAACACAUGUAUCCUCUUCACAGAAAUGA